ACAUCACCGCCACCUCGAUUAUCCCGCAAGUCAGGUCAUCAGCAGAAGGCAUGAGGUGAAGUCGACACCAUCCGCGUCUUCAAUCCCGAAGCGCUGAACCCUCAUCAUGACUUCCAAGGCAGCCCGUCUGGGUGAAGAAGUAUGGAAAACCCGCGUCGAGAAAAUCUCCUCCGAAGUCGUCACCCUCACCUACGGCACCAUCGUCGCCCAACUCUGCCGCGACCUCCUCCUCCCCACCUCCUCCACACAAACCGACUACGCCGCCGUGAACGCCGAACUCGACCGCAUGGGCUACAACAUGGGACUCCGCCUCAUCGAGGACUUCCUCGCCAAGUCCAACACCGGAGCAUGCGCGAAUUUGAGGGACACGGCAGAGAUGAUUGCGAAGGUCGGGUUCAAGAUCUUCUUGAAUAUCACGCCGACGGUCACGGGUUGGACGCAGGAUGGGAAGGGAUUUGGACUUGUGUUUGAGGAGAAUCCGUUGGGGGAUUUUGUGGAGUUGCCGGACGAUGGGAGGGCGCAGGGGGAGUUGUGGUAUAGUAAUGUGCUGUGUGGGGUUGUGAGGGGUUGUUUGGAGAUGAUUCAAAUGCAGGUCGAGGCGAAGUUUGUGAGUGAUGUGUUGAGAGGAGAUGAUACGACGGAGAUGAGGAUCACGUUGUUACGAUACAUCGAGGAUGAGAUGCCGCCGGACGAUGAGUGAUAGGGAAAUAUGCUCUACAGCAACGACGAAUUCGACGGCCUUGGAAACAUUCUCGUCAGUUGGCUGCAUCGAUUCCGCCGAUCAAAGGCCACAUCGAUACUGGGUUGCUUCAAGGCGUUGCGGAAGAGCUAAGGAGCAUCACGAUCAUGGCCGGCCUCCAUCACUGUCCACAUGAGCUCUCAGUGCCGAAUGGAGCACAUUAGUCCACGAACUUCAAAUGCUCUGGAAAGUCGGUCGAUCAUUCCUGGUGCCGAGUCGAGAAUGAUUUCUUACCUCAAGCGCGAUGCUUCAGAACAUUUGAGCAUGCGAAAACAAAGUCCAUCAACACUUGUCACCAAGCACCGGGCGGCGCAAGAGAGCAUGUUUUGAUGGUGGG